UCCGUUUUUGUGCGGAUGAUGGAAAUGUCGUCGGCGAAUCGCAGCUUGUAAGGACGCUCAAAGUGUUUCUGUACUAACUGAGGAAUCCUGUUUCUCGGCAAUUUUAUAAGAGUUUUGAUUUGAGAGAAGCUCAAAGUUGAAUAACUGCCGGCCAACAACAAUUUUCUUACAGUAUCUUUGAGGGUCUGCCGGCAAACAAAGAAAACCGCAAAAAUGGCUAGCGUUUCCUAUCAAAUUGCCAGUCUUCUUGAGAAGAUGACAUCCAGUGACAAAGACUUCAGAUUCAUGGCAACAAAUGAUUUAAUGACAGAGUUACAGAAAGAUAAUAUAAAGUUAGAUGAUGAUUCUGAACGUAAGGUUGUUAAGAUGCUUUUAAAACUUUUGGAAGACAAGAAUGGGGAAGUACAAAAUCUUGCUGUGAAGUGUUUAGGACCUCUGGUGAAUAAAGUAAAAGAGUUUCAAGUAGAAACAAUUGUAGAUACCCUAUGCAGCAAUAUGGUUUCUGACAAAGAACAACUUAGAGAUAUCUCAAGUAUUGGUUUGAAGACUGUAAUUGCUGAACUUUCUUUUAGCUCAACUGCUCUUGCUGCUAAUGUUUGCAAAAGAAUCACUGGUAGAUUGAGUACGGCAAUCGAGAAGCAAGAAGAUGUGCCUGUACAGCUUGAAUCUUUAGACAUCAUUGCAGAUUUACUUUCACGUUUUGGUUCACUAUUGGUAUCAUUCCACACUCAGAUACUAAAUUCUUUACUGCCGCAACUUGCAUCACCAAGACAAGCUGUUCGCAAGAGAACCAUAGUUGCUCUGAGCCAUCUUAUGACAUCGAGCAGCAGUACACUGUAUACGAAAUUGCUAGAUCAUCUUCUAGAGGGACUCACGAAAAAUAAAGUUAACAAUCUUGUCCGCACUUACAUUCAAUGCAUUGCUUCUAUUUGUCGACAAGCGGGACAUAGAUUUGGAGAGCAAAUUGAAAGGGUCAUGCCACUAAUUACUUUGUAUAGCAAAGAAGAAGACGAUGAAUUGACGGAAUACUGCUUGCAAGCUUUUGAAGCAUUUGUUUACAGAUGUCCAAAAGAAAUUACUCCUCAUAUCAACAAGAUUCUCGAAAUUUGCUUGAUGUACAUAACGUACGAUCCAAACUACAACUACGACGAUGAUGCAGGAGAUAUGUCGGAUGGUGAAAAUGCCGUAAUGGAAACAGAAGAAGAUAAUGAUGAAGAUGCCGAGGAUGAAUAUUCAGAUGACGAUGAUAUGAGCUGGAAGGUUCGUCGUGCAGCUACCAAGUGUCUUGAAGCUAUUAUUGCCAGUAGAAGAGAAUUACUUGUGGAGAUUUACAAGGUUGUCUCACCAGCUCUCAUCAAUAGAUUCAAAGAGCGAGAGGAAAACGUCAAGUCCGACAUCUUCCAUGCUUAUAUAACACUUCUCCGUCAAACGAAGCCAACCAUUGCACUGGAUCCAGACUCAAUGGAAGACAGCGAAUGUCCAAUUGCCCUUUUACAACAGCAAAUUCCGGUGAUCGUCAAAGCAGUACACCGUCAGAUGAAGGAAAAAAGCAUCAAGACUCGCCAAGAUUGUCUUUCAUUACUAAAGGAACUUGUGCUCGUGUUACCUGGUGCAUUGACUAACCACAUACCAGCACUGAUUCCAGGAAUCCAAUAUUCGUUGGGAGAGAAGAAUUCGUCGAGCAACAUGAAGAUCGACACUCUGGCAUUUGUGCAUACGUUGCUAUCCACACAUCAACCUGAAGUAUUCCAUCCACAUCUAGCGGUAUUGGCACCACCCAUCAUCCUAGCCGUCAGUGAUCCUUUCUACAAAAUCACUGCUGAAGCAUUGCUCGUACUUCAGCAACUUGUCCAAGUCAUCAGACCUCACGAUAAACCGUGUCUCUUUGAUUUCACGGCACUAUCCAAUGAGCUGUACUGGGCAACCUUAUCUCGUCUAAAGACUGCGGACAUCGACCAAGAAGUGAAGGAACGAGCAAUUGCCUGUAUGGGCCAGAUAGUCGCUCAUCUUGGUGAUACUAUGCACACCCAACUUCCUACGUGCCUACCAAUAUUUCUCGAUAGACUGCGCAAUGAAAUCACUCGUCUCACCACCGUCAAAGCUUUGACGUGCAUCGCAGCUUCGCCCUUACGCAUCGACCUGCAGCCAAUCCUUCAUGAAGCGAUUCCGAUUCUCGGUUCUUUUCUUCGCAAGAACCAACGCGCAUUAAAGCUCAGCUCUUUGGUUCUUCUUGACACUCUUCUUCGCAAUUACUGCAACUCACUACACCCCGAUCUUCUUGAGACCGUCACUACUGAACUGCCACCGCUUAUCAAUGAGUCUGACUUGCAUAUUGCUCAGCUUACUCUCACGCUGCUGACUACUAUCGCUAAAUUGUAUCCGGGAGCACUCAAUAGGAUCUCUGAAAAUAUCCUACCUGAAAUUUUGUCGCUUGUUAAGUCGCCGUUGUUGCAAGGAGCUGCUCUGACAUCAAUGCUGGAGUUCUUCCAAGCCCUCGUGCAUGCAGGGAUUCCUGGAUUGCGUUAUCGCGAUCUCUUGCAAAUGCUCGUAUCGCCUGUCAACCAAACUCAGGUCCAGCAGCUACAUAAGCAAGCUUACCACUCCCUGGCGAAGUGCACGGCUGCCCUUACCAUCACCCGCCAGCAGGAGGCUAUGGGCGUCGUAGAAGAGUUCUUAAAGGAUGUAAAGAAUCAACAGAGCGACUCUAGACAUAUUUUCGCAUUACUGGUUAUAGGCGAGAUAGGCCGACACGUAGAUUUGAGUAGCAUACAACCGCUGAGACAAACAAUCUUAGAAUCAUUCUCUUCGGGAUCGGAAGAAGUCAAGUCUGCGGCCAGCUACACUCUUGGAAAUAUUGCUGUUGGAAAUCUACCAGAGUAUUUACCAUUUAUACUGAAUGAAAUUGAGGAACAGCCUAAACGUCAAUACCUGCUUCUUCAUUCUUUGAAGGAAAUAAUUGCUUGUCAAUCAGCAAGUCCAUCAGGUGUAAUGCAACUCAAGGGCUUUGUGCCUUCGAUCUGGGUAUUGUUGCAAAGACAUUGUGAAUGCGUUGAGGAAGGCACACGUAAUGUCGUCGCCGAGUGUCUCGGUAAACUCACUCUUAUCGAUCCUGCCAAUCUUCUCCCUGAACUACAGGGACUUCUCGCAUCUCAAUCGGGACUUAUUAGAACUACAGUUGUUACUGCAGUGAAAUUUUGUAUUACUGAUCAGCCACAAGCAAUCGAUCCGAUGUUAAAGCAGUGUAUGGGUAACUUCCUACUUACAAUGGAAGAUCCAGACUUGAAUGUAAGAAGAGUAGCUCUCGUUGCAUUUAAUUCGGCAGCUCAUAACAAACCAAUACUGGUACGAGAUCUUUUGGACCAAGUACUGCCACAUCUUUAUGCUGAGACCAAAAUCAAGAAAGAGCUAAUCAGAGAGGUAGAAAUGGGUCCUUUCAAACACACAGUGGACGAUGGUCUUGAUCUUCGGAAAGCCGCUUUUGAAUGCAUGUACACGUUGCUGGAUACCUGCCUCGAUCGACUCAAUGUUUUUGAGUUCCUCAAUAAUGUAGAAAAUGGCCUCAAAGAUCAUUACGAUAUCAAAAUGCUUACUUAUCUUAUGACUGCUCGUCUCGCACAACUCUGCCCUACUGCUGUUUUACAAAGGCUUGAAAGAUUGGUCGAACCGUUGAAGAGCACUUGCACAAUGAAAGUCAAGCAGAAUUCAGUCAAACAAGAGUAUGAGAAACAAGAUGAAUUAAAACGAUCUGCUUUUCGAGCCGUUGCUGCUCUUCUCACAAUCCCAGAUUCUGAGAAAAACCCGGCACUCAACGAAUUCGUAAAUCAAAUCAAAUCAACGCCAGAACUGCAACCUUUAUUUGACGUAAUUCAAAAAGACUGCACAGGCAAUAAUUUUGACUUUACUUUGAUGGAUCAGAGCUAAAGGCUGAUCGGCGACGUUUUUUUUUGCAUGUGAUGAACAAAGAAGGUGAGAAAAAGGGAGAGGUAAAGAAAGAGACCACUUGGAUUUUUGUAUAAAAAAACUCGCGACAUUAUAUUAUCGUCGAGCAUUUAGGUGUGCGUUCAAGAGAUGGAAAUCGUAGAAUGAUAAGGCAAAGAAGCAACUAUCGAUAGUUUAUUUCUAUACGUUAUUUUUUCAUUAAUUGUAAUCGCUCCCUCCUUCCCCACCUCGCGACACGAGAGUUCAGUGGAAGUGUCACUAUCGAAGAUAAUGGUAAUGUGAAAAAAAUGAAAAAACGCACGUAGCUUUGAGUUGAUGUGAUUUAUAUUUAGCGGUAAAGGAAAAAAGCCUGUAUAAACAUGAAGGAUUGAAAAAGAAUAAAUUUACCGGACGUUCAAAUAUUUUACAAGACGAGUUAUUCUUUUUGGACAUUGUCCAACAAAAGCACGUGAGAAUGAAGUUGCUUUAUUUUUAACGAUGGUUGCCAUGGCGAUGAAUUGCUUUUCUUUCACUUUGUCCUCGAGCAGUUUUCCUUAUAUUCACAAAUCAACAAGAGUUUAAAUCAUCCUUCGCUCGCGCGAGAAAACCAUCUCGUCGGUCGUUCCCGUGUAGAAAACUCAUUUCCCUUCUCUCUCGCUGUGCCGAGCGUCACGCGUCUUUCCCAGCGUGCCAACCGGUGGCUUACGUGCCGUUUUGCAUAGGCCACAUGGAGACUCGUUACGACGAGCGUCGAGGCACGAGGUGCAUGCACGUACAUGAUGGAAGAGUAUUAGAGUGGCGAUGCUGCUUCUGCUGUUACUGCUAUUGACGCUGACGCGUGGGCGGAUUUUCGCGGGAGAGACCUCGUUCGACUUUUCCGUUUGUUUGCCGGAGAGUGACGUGCUUUUUUUCUCUUUUCCGCCUUCGAGCGCGAGCAGUGACGCUGGGAGAGCGUUUAUUUUCGGGAGUGUAUGAUUUUACUCGUGAUUCGGCGUUGAUUUAGUAACUGUUUGCAUAAUUACUCGUUACACCCGCAGCUCGGUGGGUCGGGUAAAUAUGGACUAUUUCGAUACUAAUGGCUCGUUAGGGAUAUCUCACGCUCGCUAAGCAUUCAGUAACUCCUCGAUACUUGAAAUUCUGAUUAUUAUUUUUUCUCGGCUGAUCUCACAUAACAAUCUUAUUAACAAUCCAUUUCAAAUAUUUGUACGCUGAGAUCGUUACACCUGAGUAGCCAAAUGUAACAAAGGAAGUGCGUUGACGCUGAAAUACUGAUUUAUAACUGUGGCCUGCACUAGCA